UGGGGUGUGUGUGUGUGUGGGGGGGGGAAAUCACCUGCGACUUCUCAAUGAGUCGCAAUAAACUUGUUUCGCACCACGCCAAGAAGAGCGGGAUAUUCCGAGCCGAGGUUUGUGUGCAAUACGUCGCUGGCCGGGAUUAAAGGUGCCAGUGCGCCUCCCCACUUUUGUUCAGGACUUCCAGAGAGAGGGCUUUCCCCGCCGCCGCCACCACAUGGCCGCGAUCCGGAACCUUCCCCUCGGCGCGCCUCUGUUUCCGCGGGGCCGGUAUCUCCGGCGCACCAGCCCCCGCCAUGGCCGCGGCGGAGGGGAAGGACCCGCUGGGAUUCUUCGCGGCUUAUGGCAGCGACAGCAGCUCGAGCGCCGGCUCGGAUUCCGACGGCGAGGAAGGCGCUGGCGUGAAGCGGAAGGCCGAGCCCUCGUCUCCGCAGCCGCGGAAGGGGCUCUCCGAGGGGAAGCCGCGCCUGCCCGGGCCCGACGAGCUCUUCCGCAGCGUCAACCGGCCCGCCUUUCUCUACAACCCGUUGCACAAGGAGAUCGACUGGGAAAGUCGGGUCGUGCGAGCUCCGGAGGAGCCUCCUAAGGAAUUCAAGGCAUGGACUACCAAUGCUGUGCCGCCUCCUGAGACUUACACUAUCAAAGAAUCAAAGCCACCACCUCCUCCUGAGCUUGAUAUGGCCAUCAAAUGGUCUAAUAUGUAUGAAGAUAAUGGUGAUGAUGCUCCAAGGCACGCCAACAAGAUGAACUCCUUAGCGGAGGAAGAAGAGCAAGUACAUGUGGAAUCUGAUGAUGAAAAGAGUGAAUCUGUUUCAUCUAAGAAACGAAAGCUAGAUCCUGAUGAACAGAACAAGAAAAAGAAGCAGCGAUGAAUUUGGACAGCGCUUGACUGCUUAGAACUUCACUAAUGAACACGGGCAUCUUCUGAUCCAUGUUUUUGUAACUGGAGCAGUAGAGAGGAAAAAUAACAGCACAGCAUUGCCAACCAAUACAGCACAGUUAAGGAUUUUGCAACAUCUAUGAUAAUUUUAUUGUACUGAAAAUUCUGGAAUAAUUGGUAUUAUGGAUGUCUUACCUACUUGGAACCUAAGAAAUUUUAGUUAGAAACCUUUUUAUUUUAAAACAUGCCUUCUUAGAAUAUUGUGGUAAAUAUUUGUGCUCAUACAGACUGUGAAACUUCACGGUUCAUCUGUGAGACUGAUAAAUCUUUGACUUGCUUUCUAAGUUACUGUCAUGACAGAAGGUUUUGUGUGGUUUCUACAAAUCAAGCAAUUGUAUUUUUAGUGGGGAGGGUAAGCAAUGUAUUGUGACAAUAGUGACACUAUUUUGACAUGUCUGUAAAGUUUGUAAAUAAGUCACUGAAAUAAAACUAUAUGUUUGAAAAGACA